UAUCGCCAACCAGUCGAUAAAAAUUAACCACCGGUUUGGCUAUAUCGACCAAUAAAUUUAUCUACUCGAAUAGGUAUCGCGUACGCAUUUCACUUACCGGUCGAUAAAAUUAUAUCGAUCGAUAUAAUUACAGAUCGAGUAGUUUCGUCACCUGUCAAAUUGGCUUGUCAGCCUAGGGUUGUUUACAAGUCACGAAGCCAAUUAGCAACCGAAAAAAGUGCUGCAUAACAAAAAGUAUUGGAAAAUCAUGCUUAAUUCUUUAUUUUUCACUGGUGAAAGUGAUGAUGCUGAUAAAAAUCUUGCACAACAUCGUAGGGAGCUGCGGAAACAGCUAGAUCCGCUUGAAUUAUCCGAUAAAGCAUUUAUGCAAAAUUUUCGACUCCCGAAGAGCCUGUUCGAGGAAAUUCUUGCAAAAAUAGCCCCAUUCAUUGCUCGAAAACAUAACCGUGGUUUAUCUGCGGAACAAAAAUUGGCUACUGUGUUAAGGUUUUUUGCACAAGGAUCUUACCAACAGGGUGUUGGUAACGAUUUUACCAUGACAAUUGGCCAAUCUACUUUUUCAGAAACGUUAGAUCAAACCUUAACAGUUCUGGAACGUGAACUAACUUACGCAAUUACCAUGAAUCUAACAGAAGACGAGAGAGCAGAUGCCAGAAGAUACUUUUACUCGAAAUUACCUGUUCCUGGUGUAGUAAUGUGCAUCGAUGGAACCCAUAUAAGAAUCGUUGCUCCUCACGACAACUCAAUCUAUUAUUUCAAUAGAAAGGGAUUUUAUAGUCUUAACGCUUUGAUGAUAUGUGACCACAGGCAAAUAAUCCGUUUUGUAGACGCGAGGUUUGGCGGCUCAGAUCACGAUUCUUACAUUUAUAAUUCCAGUCCGAUUUCUUCAUAUUUUGAAGAAAAAUGGAGAAAUGGAGACCGAAUGUUUAAACUCUUGGGAGACUCAGCUUAUCCUUCGAAACCUUGGCUUAUCAAGCCGCGCAGAAAUGCAGAGCCAAAUAGUCCAGAUUCGUUGUUUAAUGAACAGCAUGCCAAAGCACGUUCCAUCAUUGAAAGAACGUUUGGUUUGCUCAAAGCACGAUUUCGCUGCUUGAAUGGUGAAAGGCUACUACAUUAUACACCGACCAAAUGUGUUCGUAUCAUAAACGUUUGUUGCAUGUUACACAACCUUCUCAUCAUGCAUGGUAUUACCGACGAAUUUAAUGAAUAACGAUAAACCUCAAUUAAGUUACCCAGAAUAAAAAGAAUUCAGCGCACAAUUUUUUUUUGUGUGAUUUAUUACAUUAGUUUUUAUCUUUCAUUAUUUUUAGCAUUUCUUCAAAAAAGCCCAAAGUUCCCUCUGCUAAUAUUUUUAAGUUGCUGGAAAUUUCGCCAAGAUGUUUGUUCAUCUCAUCAUUUUGCUGUAGUACCCUUUUUUGAAAAUCAUCUUGUUUAGUUGUGGCAGUUUUGUGGCUUUUUUUGGUCCUAUCGGAUGGCUGUUGAUUCAUAUUGUUGCUAUUGUGCGAUGAUCCCGGCUGUUCUGUAUUAUGUAUGAAUUGUAUUGGUUCCGGCAGUUCUAUGAUAUCCA